AGUGCGCUUAUAUAGGUGUGGCGACACAAUCUCGCGAGAUGAGAUUUGUGACGUCGGCCAGGAGUCAAGGAGCUGGGCAUAAACAGCGAUUCGAGACUAGGUCUGUGGCAAGAAAAUCAGGACUGUCCCGAGAAAAGCAGGACUGUUGGGCGAUCUAAGAAUCUUAGGACAAUAUGGAUCGGUAUGACAACCUCUCUGAUGAUGGUGAAGUUGAUCAUUCCUUUUUUGACAGCGAUGCUGAUGAGAGUGCAACUAAAGUAGGUGCCACUUUUUCAGGUUCAAGCAAGCAAGAAAAUAUAAACUCAAAAGUGAAGAAAGAUGUCAAUGUUAUUUCAUAUGAAAAUAAGCAAAAUGUUGUAGAAAAUGUAUCUGAAGAGAAUGGGAGAAGCCAUGUAUAUGAGGGAAAAACUGCAGAAGCAUCAUUUCCAUCAACUGCUCCCAGACCUGAUAGUACACUUAAGUCUGGUAGGACCUCGGCACAAAGUUUACGGAUAGAAGCCACCAUCCCAACUGGCAUUCCCCAAAUAAGGCGAGAGUUUGAAGACAAUUAUUACACAGAUGAGGAAGAUAGCAGCGAAGAGGAAAGUCACAAUUCAAGGCCCAAAACCGCAAAACAAACAAAUAUUGGAAAGAAAAGCACUGGAAAAUCCAACAGAGACUUUGUUUCUACAAUAUCUAGUUCAGAUACUGAGUACUCAGACACUGGCUCAGAUGAUGGUGCAUCAAAAUCAUCAUAUCACGCUACAAAAGGAUCAUUAAUGCGAUCUCCAGAAAGGAAGUCCUCUCGCUCGGCGAUGAGAGAAUUGAGGGACUAUGCUGAGGAGUCAGAAGACACUGUUACUGAUGUAACACCACUUUCAACACCAGAUAUCAGUCCUAUACAGUCAUUUGACCUUGCUGCUACCAAUGAAGCACUUAAAAGUAAAUUUAAACGACAAGAGAACAUCAGUCAAGAAAUAUAUGAUCCAGAUAAUGACUUGAAGAAUAGGCAGAAGGCUGUUCAAGAUGCAGUAGACCUAAACCAGCUUCUUAAAGCAUUUAUGCACCUGGAUAAAAAGGAACCCGGGCCAGUACAGACUGAACAGCCAGUCAUGCAUAACAAGAAGAACUUCUCUUUUUCAAAUGAGGAAGUGAGGCAGAUUGAGCGGGAAAACCAGAGACUGCUGAAGGAACUGUCACACCAGGCAGCCAAACCCCGUAGCAAAAGCAUUACUCCCAAAAAGCCAAUCUCUGCUCCAACCAGGCUGUACCAUAGUGCACUGAAUAGACAGAAGGAGCAGCAACGCAUUGAAAGGGAAAACAUGGCUCUUCUAAAAAGGCUUGAAUCUGUAAAGCCAACAGUUGGCAUGACCCGUACUGAGCAAUUUAUGGAUUAUCAGCGUCAAGCAGGAUACCUGAGCGCAACUGCAUUGUCCCCCAGGCCUGGAAAAGCAUCAGUAAGCCGCCUCAGCCCCUCUGUAUCAUCAGGAGGCUUUUCAAGGAUGUCCAGUGCAACGAGUCGGAGCGAGAGGACAGGAUCCAGCGGUGCAUUGCUGAGGCCUACACGAUCAGGCAAUGUCCGAGCAGCUUGGCAAUGAAUAUCUUAAAAUAUGUAGUUUUGUAUUUCAGUAUCAUUCCAAUAUAUAUGCUGCUGUUGUGAACUACUUUGUGUUUGUUGUGUUGGGAGAAUAUUAAUAUGAUACAUGCAUAUACAUGCUUUUUAUAUAUAUAUAUUUUUUGAUAUAAAGUAAAUAAUUUGCUAUGUCUGUAGCAUUCCUGUAUAAAAUGUGACCGUUUUGAAAGUGCAUGCCUCCUUAUCCAAGGAGAAGAGUUCUCAGCUUUUAAAUAAAAUGUGGUUGGGGUGCAAUGGUGGAGCAAAACUGAGCAAGUGAGUAUGGAAUGAAUUGUGUAGAAGUGGAGCUGGUGUUUGUAUGGCGUAACCAACUUGUAACCAACAGUAAGUAGAUCAUUAUCCAGUUGCACAGAUAAUAAUACGUGUUUCCUGGCUGUGUUUCCAAUACUUUCUGGACCUGCUGUUUGUUUGUAAUUGAAUGCCUUUUAUACUGAAGGUGGAUGUCAUUUAUAACUGUACGGUUAUCUUGGCAAACUCCAGUUUAGGAUUCAUGAGAACUAUAAACUGAAUAGGACUGCAAUCCCAAUGUGGCUGAGCCAUAAUCACAUCCAAUUUGUUAUGCAAUGUGUGCAAUGGCACUAUAUGACUGGCAAUGAUUCAAGCAAUGCAAAGAGCUGCACCUGCUUUUAUGGUGCAAUACACUAGUUUAUCUUAGACUUAGGAUAUAUACCCAUGUAAUUUGCAAUAGGUAACAGACCAUGAUAACCCCAGUGGCACAAUAAAGAAACUAUCCAUAUUUAGCCCAGGAACCUCCUUGUGUUCCUUAAAGAGAUACUGACACCUGAAAUUAAACUUUUUUUUACAUCUAUUAUAAUAUUGGCUUUGCAAGCUACUUCUAACUUUGCCAUAAAGUAUUUGCCCAAUGCUUUUACAUUACCUGUCUGAUCCCCCAUGUUCCUGUAUGAGGGGGCUGCCAUAUUUGUGCAGCAGGAGUCCGUUAGCAUUAGAAACUGUAACUAACAGGCUGAGAUGGGACAGUCAGGUUGGCAA